CAUUAAAAAUGUGAAUUUGAGCGGUGCAGGUGUCAUUUCUCUUGUCCUGACGUGGUCAGCUAGGUUUGGGCUGAUGACUAGAAACAUUUGCAAAUGUAGUCGGAUACGGUUGGUACGGAUUUUAGAUGUCUUGAGUGUUUUGGCUCCCAAAUUUUGUUUGUCUUACCUUGCAAAAAUGUUCUGCUCAGCCAGGGAAACAAAAUAUGUCCACUAAAUUAGGGGGAAAAAAGUUGGUGAGAGCUUCUGGGUUUAUCGCCUAUUCUGAUACCUGAUAUGAAAUUUUUAUUAAAAAAAAUUGCAAAUUUACAGCAACAAUAGUUUUCUGCUUAUUCGUUACCUGACCACAUUUCAAUUUAGCUAGCCUUAGUUAAUUCAAGAGAGGUGCUUCAAUGAUAUCCCAAUAAACAAGCACAAGGGUACUGAUUGGUCUGUAUCAAAUCUCCACUCGUGCAUCUUUGGGCUUUUAUACUAAAAAUAUAUUGAUUUGGUGCUCCUUUACUUGAUUGGAUUGUAAGCCUGUAAGGGCAGUCCCAAUGCCUGGUUUCUUGGGGUAUUUUCCAAGAACAAUAAAUUAGUAUAGACCUAACUCCUCUCAAUGGUUAGUUUCCUGUAACAGUUUCUACAGAAAAUUACAUUUAAGAAACAUGUGUAUGUAUUAAAAACUGAGAACAAUCAGCAGUGACAAACAUCUAUGUAGAAAUCCAUGUUGCACUGUGCCUGCGACAAGGGCCGUGACCCGUGAGAGCUGUGGCAAGCAUAUGCAUGUAUAUUAACAUGGCCAUCAUUUAGAAUGGUAGCAGGUCAACAGGUCGUUGGCCGUGAGAGCGGAGUAAUCUCUAGAGGCACCGAGCCACCGAGCGAUGCUCAUGGUCCUCCGGGGCUCCUCGUCGGAGCUCAUCUUCACAUCCCGCGCACGGUGCAUGGCCCAGCACAACACCGGCAGCCGUGGCGGUAUGGCCUGGUCAGCGAUGAUCUCUGGCUUCGCUAGGAAAGCACAUGAGGAUGCCAUGGCGGCGAUGAUCUCUGGCUUCACAUCCCCUGUGCUAUUUCAAGAGGACGCUGUGGCCUGGUCGACGAUGAUCUGUGCGGGGGAGGAGCGAAGCCGGAGAGCGCGUGGGAGAAGGGAACCAGAGCGCGCGAGCCAGAGAAACCGGCGGCGGCGCAAGGGAUCCCGGGAAAAGAAGGAAGAAACGAGCAGAGUCUUCCCAACGCCGAUUCCCUCGUUUCGUAGCGCAUCGAUUCACGAGAAGACUCGAUUUCCUCUCUAAGAAACGGCGCAUGAAUUUGGUGACAAUGAUUUAUUUGAUGAUAUGGUCCAAGAGAUGGAACAGAUUCUUCUCAAUUCAGGGGAGCCACAUGAAAAUGGAUCUUUUAUGGAUAAUCGCAGGAGUAAUGCUCGCCAGGCUCACCAUUUCAGAGAUGGCAGCACUACUGCCUCUACUUCUGGUACAGAUGACGCCUAUGUAUGUCCUGUUCCUCAGUAUUCUUCAAGAAUUGAUUGGGUGGAGGUUGUGGGGGCAAAGCAAAGAACUGGAGAUGUUUCUUUCGGUGAACGGAUGGUUGGUGUCAAAGAGUACACUGUUUAUUUGUUAAAAGUAAGGAGCGGUGAAGACGAAUGGGAAAUUGAGCGGCGAUACCGUGAAUUUUACGCGCUUUAUCGGCAACUUAAGGACUUCUUUUAUGAGAGAGGUUUGAGUCUUCCCACUGCAUGGGAAAAUGUUGAAAGAGAGUCAAAUAAAAUAUUUGGGAAUGCAUCACCAGAUGUUGUCAAUGAGAGAAGUGCCCUCAUUCAAGACUGUUUGCGUUCUUUACUAGUCUCAAGUUAUCCAUUUGGAACUCCCACCCCUCUGGUUAUUUUUUUGUCACCAGGAAGGCCUGGAUAUGAAUAUAGUUUUUUGAAAACUCUCAUUCCACGAUCUUUGCAAAGGCGAAGCAGUGAUUUAAAGUCCAAAGAUUCAGAUUGCAAUGGAGGUCCACAUGAUGAUUCUACCUCAAUGGGCAAGACAAUAUCACUUAUUGUGGAGGAUAGGCCUCAGAAGUCGACCAGACAGUUGUUGGAGUUACAGCAUUACAACUGUGCGGGGUGCCAUAGGCAUUUGGAUGCUGGUCGAACAUUGCUGCAAGAACUUGCACAGACUAUUGGAUGGAACAAACCUCGGUUUUGUUCUUACACUGGACAAUUGUUUUGUGCUUCUUGUCACACAAAUGACACUGCAGUUCUUCCAGCAAGAGUUCUACACCACUGGGAUUUUUCACUGUAUCCAAUUUCCCAGUUAGCAAAAGCAUAUUUAGACUCCAUCUAUGACCAGCCCAUGCUCUGUGUAAGUGCAGUCAAUCCUUUCCUAUUCUCAAAAGUACCAGCUCUGCUCAACAUCAUGAGUGUCCGGAAGAAAAUAGCAGCUAUGCUUCCUUGUGUCCAAUGUCCUUUCCGGAAUUCCAUACUUAAAGGACUAGGAGUUCGAAGAUACCUUCUUGAUGGGAAUGACUUCUUUGCGCUUCGUGACCUCGUUGAUCUCUCAAAAGGAGCUUUUGCAGCACUUCCAGUUAAGGUGCAGACCAUAUCAAACAGGAUACUUGAGCACAUCACGGAGCAAUGCCUUGUGUGCUACGACAGCGGCGUACCUUGUGCUGCUAGACAAGCUUGUGAUGACCCGCUGUCCCUUAUAUUCCCAUUUCAGGAGGAUGAAGCUACAAAGUGUAGUUUGUGUAUGUCAAUCUUCCACAAGCAAUGCUUUAGAAAGAUCAGUGUUUGCCCUUGUGGUAAGGCUUCUAAUGGCAGGAAGAUCGUGGCGCUUGAGCAAGCUGUACAUGAUGGCACGGGCAUGCCAUCAACGGAGUCUCUUCAGCCUCCACGUUUCUCUUCAUCUUCUGGGUUUUUCUCUGAUAUUCUCUCCAAAGCAAGGCCAGAUAAGCUUUGGAGGGCGAGAAAUAGCAGUCCUGUGAUCCUUAUGGGUUCUUUGCCAGAUAUGUCUAUAUGAGCUGAGUUGUAUUUUUCUGCUCCAUUGAUUGUGAUUUUGCCCCCAACAAGCCCAUACUGUACAGUAGAGAGGAGGUUCCUCCUAGUUUUGAAUGAAUGAAUGUAAUAAAAUGCAAUGUAAUCCUGCAGUGUUAUUACUUGCAGUAUGCCAUACUGAUACAGAAACGUCCUCCAAACAAACAAAAAUUACAUGAGGUGCGCGUGUAGAUUUAUUUUUUUCUUGAACAAUGAAGGAGUUGUGUCAUUUCA